AUGGAAGCACUCGGUUAGUGGGCGGGGCCAAGAGCCUGCAAGGACGCUUAGAAGUCUUCUACCACGGUCAGUGGGGGACGGUGUGUGAUGAUGGCUGGACGGAUGCAAACACACAAGUUGUGUGUCGCCAACUCGGCUACAGGUCAGGCCAAACUCUGGUCCCUGAAGGACGAGACAUCUCUCCUAACCCUCGCUUUGGUGUGGCGUCUGGUCCUAUUCUCCUGGACGAGGUGAGCUGCACUGGCAAGGAGCCAGGCCUCCUGCUGUGCCGAAGGAAGGAGUGGUUCAGCCAUGACUGCACGCACCACCAAGACGUCAACAUCGCAUGCAACCCCGAGCGCCUGGGAGACGGGAUUACGGCGAGUGUUCCCAUGAGGCUGGUGGGGGGAGAAACCCUAAGAGAGGGGCGGGUGGAGCUUUACCUGUCUGGCCAGUGGGGGACCGUGUGUGACGACGGAUGGACCGAUCAGGAUGCUGAAGUUGUGUGUCGACAGAUGGGAUACAGCGGCGUGGCCAAGGCCCGUGUGAUGGCGUACUUCGGCGAAGGGACGGGCCCCAUUCACCUGGACAACGUGGAGUGCGGCGGCCACGAACGCGCCAUCGCCGACUGCAUCAAACAACAGGCGCCCGUCACGCACAACUGUCGCCACAGCGAGGACGCCGGGGUCAUCUGCGACUACGGCUACAAAGAGGUCAAAGAUCCUGUCCGACCGCUUUGUGGCGUGCGGCUCGUGCACCCUCGACGGCGGAGAAUCAUAGGCGGAGAAAACUCUCUGAGGGGGGGCUGGCCCUGGCAGGCUGCCAUACGCCUGCGGGGGUCGCCAGGAGACGGGCGCCUGGUGUGUGGCGCCACCCUGAUUGACAGCUGUUGGGUCCUCACCUCGGCACACUGCUUCAAAAAGUAUGGCAACGCCAGCAAGCAGUACAAAGUGCGGGUGGGUGACUACCACUCUCUGGUCCCCGAGGAGUACGAGGAAGAGCACGCCGUCCAUCACAUUGUCCUCCACCCCAACUACCGCUCCGCCAGCAGCGACUACGACCUGGCGUUGGUGCGACUGGCGGUCCGGGCGGAGGCGGCGGGGGCGUGCGUGGCAUUCAGCCCUCAUGUGCUGCCCGCCUGUCUGCCCCUCAGGAAGGAGAGAGCGCUGAAAGGCGGCAGCAACUGUCACAUCAGCGGCUGGGGCGACACAGGUGAGACUCACAGCAACAUCAAACAUCACAACUGUCACAUCAGCGGCUGGGGCGACACAGGUGAGACUCACAGCAACAUCAAACAUCACAACUGUCAUCACAUCAGCGGCUGGGGCGACACAGGUGAGACUCACAACAACAUCAAACAUCACAACUGUCACAUCAGCGGCUGGGGCGACACAGGUGAGACUCACAGCAACAUCAAACAUCACAACUGUCAUCACAUCAGCGGCUGGGGCGACACAGGUGAGACUCACAGCAACAUCAAACAUCACAACUGUCACAUCAGCGGCUGGGGCGACACAGGCCGCGCGUACUCCAAGACCCUCCAGCAGGCGGCGCUCUCCCUGCUGCCGCGCCGCCACUGCCAGCAGCGCUUCCAGGCGGCCUUCACCAGCCGCAUGCUGUGCGCCGGCAGCGUCCAGGAGGACCGGCGCGUGGACAGUUGCCGCGGCGACAGCGGCGGGCCUCUGGUGUGCGAGCGCCCGGGCGGGGGCUGGGUGGUUUACGGGGUCACCUCCUGGGGUCACGCCUGCCGGACGCAGCGGUCGCCCGGCGUUUAUACCAAAGUGUCCGCCUUCAGCUCCUGGAUACACAAAGUGAUAGGACGCCACGCUGCCAAGUAUGGACGGCCUUGACCUGAUUGGACGGCUCGCGUGUCACACGGGGUGUCCUAACUUUUUCCAUUUGGAUAUUUGUCAUUUUCCAAAACCAAUAGAUUACAUGUAUUGUAACCGUCAGGGCUCCGCUUUAUUUUGCUCAACGUUAAAGUUCUCGGGGACCUAAAAGGGCCUCGGUCAUUAAAGUGUUAAAAACAUGUCAAA